CUCCAACACCAGCAAGCAAAAGCAGCAACAACCACAUCAAUGGCUGCUACAGUACUGGGAAAGCGGUCUCGAAGAGUCCUGGAUGAAGAAGAAAGCUCAACUACUUCUUCCACCUCAAAGAGACGGACGCGACACUCUGCACCUCAGAUAUACGAAGACACAAAAAAACAAGAUGAAUUGGAGAAGCAGACUUCCCCGACCAAGAGCCAGAACGUCCAGCAGCCAUCUCGUUCUGUCAGACCUUGUAACGAAAGAGCAAGACGUACCAUACGCGACAAGCUGAUAACCAGUAAGACGAGCCAAGUUGAGGAUCAAGAUGAAAACAUCCCACCUGCAAUUGUCUCAACUCCGGCAACUGCACGCUUCAAAGAUGCUCUUGCAACACCACCGAGCACGCCCAAGCAUCGCGUACAUCUUGCAGGGCGACUUCUCACACCACGAUCAUCACGCGUAUCCACGCCAUCAAAAGCGCAGAAUGUAUACUCUCAGGCGAGGCAAUUGUUCACCCAAGCUUCAAAUGGGAAGGUGAUUGGUCGAGAAGCGGAGAGAGGUCAAUUGUCAAAGUUCAUUUCCGAUGCCAUCGAGGCCAAGAAAGGUGGCUGCAGCUACGUUAGUGGUCCGCCUGGCACUGGCAAGAGCGCACUCGUUCAAGAGAUCAUGCAAGAAUUCCAGGAGAAGCCUGUCAAGGUCGCAACUAUCAACUGCGUUGCGUUCAAAUCUUCCAAGGAGGUCUUGACGAGCUUCGCCCAAGAGUUUGGCUGCUGCACUGGCAACCAGAAAUCCAUCAAAGCCAGCCUUACGAAACUGUUCACCACCCGCAAAGCAAACCCUGCGAUGCACCUCGUGCUCUUGGACGAAAUCGACACGCUUCUCAGCGGGGAAUGUGAGGUCCUAUACAGCAUAUUCGAAUGGGCAAUGCAUCCCUCUUCGUCUCUGAUUCUGAUCGGCAUUGCCAAUGCACUGGAUCUCACCGACCGCUUCUUGCCCCGACUGAAAGUGACGAAUGUCAAACCAAAUCUUCUACCAUUUCUUCCAUAUUCGGCUCAACAGAUCUCCAAGAUCGUCUCGGAGAAGCUGCGGUCGCUGUUACCUGCUGAGACCACAGUUGGUGCCGACUUCGUCCCAUUAAUUCAUCCUGCAGCGAUUCAGCUGAGCAGCAAGAGGAUUGCGUCUCAAACAGGCGACUUGCGGAAAGCCUUCAGUCUUGUGCGUCGUGUUAUUGAUAAGAUUGAACAAGAGACCCUUACGAAAAUGAGGUCGGAGCAGAGUGUCACUCCAGCCAAGCAGCCUCUUGCAGAAGUUCAGAAUCCGCAAUUACAUGGGUCAGUAUUGACUGGGUCGUCUCCUAUGAAAGCAGAGGGUCGAUCGAUGCUGUACCAGGUGACAGCGGAGACGGCACCAAGGGCCUCUCCUGCCCAUGUCGCAGCAGUCGCAUCCAGCAUUUUCAACAAUGCAACCGUUUCAAGAUUAGGCGGACUGAACCUCCAGCAGAAGGCUGUCCUGUGUUCUUUGGUUGCAUCAGAAAGUCAACAGAGACACCGCGAUCCCUACACCACACCUUCGAAGUCGCAAUCACGAAUACCAACCAUCAAAGGGCUUUUCGAAAAGUACACCAUGCUUUGCAAACGUGAUGGCACACUAGUCCCUUUGAAGAUCACCGAGUUCCGAGACGUCGUGGCUAGCCUGGAAACCCUCGGCCUAGUACAUGAAUCUUCAGGUCGGAUGUCUGGUCUGUUGACGCCAACGAAGACACCUUCAAGAAGCAGCAAAGCGUUGGAUGACAAGCAAGUGGUGAGCGCGGUGUCAGAGAAGGAAGUUAGGGAUAGCUUGAAUGGGCCAGGUGCGGAUUUGCUGUUGAAGCUUUUCGAAGAGCAUUGGUGAGGGGUCGGUCAUUUUUGCAUAACUUGGUUUUGCAUGAGCGAAGGAGUCGAUAAUAGAUCUGGUUUGCUUCUGUUGAUUCAGUCAACUUUUGCUGGCUCUGUAAUAAUGCCUGAGGACAGUCGUUUAGCACAUAACGGUCAGUCUACACUGCAAUGACAGAUGAACAAUGAU